UGUAUUCUAAAAUUUUAAAUGGAACAAUAUGACUUUUUAAUUUAGUGACGUAAUAGUUUUAGUAAACUGCACUGAAUGUAAACAAUUUUUGAUUAGAAAAAAGAUAAUAAAUAGUUUUCUUCAACAAUGAAACGUGUAAAACGGCAUAAAAUCAAGCAGGAGACACCGGAGACGUCCACGUCUCGCUCUCGAGAGCAGGAGGAGCACGAUUUGGCGUACUAUAUCCACGACCGAGUAGAGCUGAUGCACCAAGUGUUUUCCGUGAUAAAACCCAAGGAGCUGAAAGCCAUGGCUCCGGAAUGCGUUUAUCACAUUACUGUGGAUGAUUUACAGGAGCUAUGCACUGAAGAACUUCUGGGUAUAAGCUCUAAGAGACUGUGUGCUAUCCUGGAUGGAGCUGAUCCUCCCACAGACACCGAGUCCUCCAGCUCUGAGCACAACCUGGAGACCAUCUCGCUGGACAGCAUCUCCUCUGAUGAUGAGGUGUUAAGCCAGCACAGCUCCAAGAAGAGGCACAAACACAAGAAACACAAAUCCAGGAGCAAGCACAGACGCAGAAGCUCAAAGAGCGACAAGGGUGAGCAGGAGACCGACGAGGCACAAGACCGGUCUAAGGCCAGCCGCGCCGGGCUCACUGUGCUGGAGCUGUUGGAGCUGCAGGCGCGGGCGAGGGCUAUCAGAGCACAGCUGCAGCAGGAUAAUGCCAAUGCACCUCCAGCGGAACCACAGCAAUCGGGGGUAAAACCAAAAAAUGAGACCUCAGAGGAUGAGGUGGAGAUCAAGGAGGAGCCCGCCGAGGUGGUGGAGAUCAGCAGUGAGGAUGAAAAGCCCAACAUUGACGACCUGCCAGUUAAACCACCGACUUCAAGCAAAGAUAUCCAACCACAAGGCAACUCCAAAACAGUAACAAAAAGAGUGAACGAUUUAAUUAUAACUGUGCCACAAACAAAAUCUCGUAAAAUUGUAUUAAAUAGAACCAAAAGUGUUGCUACUACAAGUUCUACUGCAAGCGUAGAUGCAAGUAGUACGGAAGUUUCCAAAACAAAUGAGAACAGUAACAUAAAUGAUACUUCAAAAACAAAACCAGUAGAUGCUAGCAAGGCUAUAGCAACUGGCAGCAAAAAUAUUAUCUAUAAAACAGCUGCACAAGACAAAAAUAAACCAUCUGAAGUAUCUAAAUCAGUUAACAAUAAAUCUAAACAGAAAAAGAAACAAAAGAAAAAAGAUAAAAAAUCAGACAAAGAGGAAGAUCACGAUGAAAUAACUUUACAGUUGUCUGAUACUGAGAAAAUGGAUCUUUUGGAAGACUUAGAUAGGAAAAACUAUGAAAACUUUACUAGUUCUAGUGAAGAUUCGGAAAGUAGUUCAGAGAGUGAUUCAGAACAUGAUAUUUCUCACGAUUCAGCCAUAAUUAGAAAAGGGAAUGAUAAAAUUUCUAGCAAAAAUCAAGAUAGUGAGGCGUCUAAAGUAGUCGAUGUAACUAUAACAACUAACCAAGAUACAGUUAUUGACAAAGAAACAGAAAAAAAUAAUGGGAUGAAUGUAGCAGCAGAAGUUAAUGAACAAAAUACAGAAUCAAGCAGUACAGAGUUAGAGAAAAGUCUUGAGGAUACUGAUGAGUCUGAUAAAACGGCAAAUGACACUAGUGUUGCGGUAAAUUCUGAGAACAAUGUCCUUACAGAAGUUAAUGAGAACAGUAUUGAAGGCAAGAGUACAGAAAGUACAAAUAAAUGCUUAGUACCGUCUGCAAAUGUUAAUCUAAAUUUGGAAGCUGAUAUCAAUAAAAGCCCCAAUAUAUCAUCAAAUAAUAUCAUUACUGAACAUGAGAGUAAUAAAAGUCUCGAUAUGGUACUUAAAACUUGUGAAGAUACUGAAACUAAUAUAAUAAAUGAAAAUAACAAAGAAUCUCAUCAAGCAAUUAAAUCUGUUAUUGUACAACUUAGGAAUGAGGAAACUAUUCUAAAUAUAAUUCCACAAACUAUGACACCUGUUACUGUUAUAUGCGGAAAUACUGAAGAACAGGGUUAUAAAAAUAAAGAUUGUAACAAAAACAAAUCAAACAAUGUUGUAGAAAUUACAACAUUGUUUAAAAAUGACGUAAAUACAAAUGAUUUUAAUACGACAGAAACAAAUGACAGUAUUGAGUCUAUAGAGGAAGGUGAAAUAACUAAUACAGAUAAAGAUUUGUCUGAAGGAGAGAUUGCAGAUCAUGAAGAAAAAACAGAAACUAAUAACCCUCAGAUCAACAGUUCUGAUGUAGUAUGUGUGUCAGACGACGAUGAAGAAAAGCGCAAAAAGAAAAAAAAGAAAGACAAGAAAUUAAAAAAGAAAGAUAAGAAAUCUAAGAAGUCCAAGUCGGAUUUUCGUGAAGGCGCCGAUCAAAAUUUCUUUAGUGAAGAUAAUCAAAAUGGAGAAAAUAUAGAACAACAUGAAGAAGAAAUAAAAAACAACUCUAUAGUUAUUGACAUUCAAGAAGAAAAUAAUAGACAAGCUGAUGAAAUAGUAUCCUUAGAUGACGAUGAUGAUAUCUACGAAAUUCUAGAUAUUUCUGAUGAUUCCUCCUGUUACGAAGUCGAAGGUAUAACGGUGUCUAAAGAACCCACUGCAGAAGAAAUAGCCGCAUUAUCCGCGAAAAUAGAUGAAAUACAUACAGAUGACGUCAUUGUUUUAACCGAAAAAGACGAUCAUUUCAAUAAUGACGAAGUAUCACAAAACAACGAGAAUAUUGGUGAACCAAUUGAAAAUAUAUCGUGGCGUGAUCGCUAUUUAGGAAGUACAAAAGUGAAACGAGUUUUAACAACGUCAAACAUACUAAACGCUCUGAGGAAGAAGAAUAAAGAACUAAAAAGGAAACUAGAAGAAUCUAAGGAAAAGAUUCAAGAAGCUACUGAAGGAGAUAAACUAGUUUUAGAAGAGAUAAGUGAUUUUGUUGAAGGAUCAAUUGAACACUUCAAUACAUUGCAGGGGUCUUCUAAGUUCGUAGAUCCUGUGGUACCAGAAGGUAGCGGUAAAGACGCAGAAGAGAAAAACAAAGAUGGGAAAGAAUCAGAAGUAGGUAUCAAAGAAGUAACCAAAGAAAUGGAAAAAGAUGCAAAGCAACUAUUGAAAAUGUAUAAGAGGUUACUGAAAUACAACGAUGUAAACAAAAAGAAAGACCCAAACAAGAAGAAAAAGAAGAAACAGAAGAAAAGCAAAGAAAAAGAUAAGAGCAAUGAAAAAUAAAAUAAGUAUGACAUUGAUAAAAAAUAAAACGCUUAUGCACCGGAACAAUGUUAAUUUAUUAUCAUUAAAGCCUUUAUUGCUGUU